GUGGCGGAGGACGACGACGAUCGGAGCGAGGGCCGCUCUCCCAGCUCCCCGCGUGCGGCAGCGCUCCGCUCGGCUCACCGGCUCUCGGGCGUGCAGUCGGGGAGGCGGGAUGGAGUGAUAGGGAAGAUGCUUGUACAUUCCUCUGUGGGAUCAGAGGGCACGCCUACGGUGACCAGAAAACUCCAAGUAUAGCAGCAGGGAUGGAUGAACAGGCUCUUCUAGGACUAAAUCCAAAUGCUGAUUCAGACUUCAGACAAAGGGCCUUGGCCUAUUUUGAGCAGUUAAAGAUUUCCCCAGAUGCUUGGCAAGUGUGUGCAGAAGCUCUUGCCCAGAGGACAUACAGUGAUGAUCACAUAAAGUUUUUCUGCUUUCAAGUAUUAGAACAUCAAGUUAAGUACAAAUAUUCGGAACUAACUACUGUUCAACAACAGCUGAUUAGGGAGACGCUCAUAUCAUGGCUUCAAGCUCAGAUGCUGAAUCCUCAACCAGAGAAGAGUUUUUUACGAAACAAAGCAGCCCAAGUCUUCGCCUUGCUUUUUGUUACAGAGUAUCUUACUAGAUGGCCCAAGUUUUUUUUUGAUAUUCUCUCAGUAGUGAACCUAAAUCCAAGGGGAGUAGACAUAUACCUGCGAAUUCUCAUGGCUAUUGAUUCAGAGUUGGUAGAUCGGGAUGUGGUACAUUCAUCAGAGGAGGCUCGUAGGAAUACUCUAAUAAAAGAUACCAUGAGGGAACAGUGCAUUCCAAAUUUGGUGGAAUCGUGGUACCAAAUCCUUCAUAAUUAUCAGUAUACUAAUUCAGAAGUGACUUGCCAGUGCCUUGAAGUUGUUGGGGCUUAUGUCUCUUGGAUAGACUUAUCCCUUAUAGCCAAUGAUAGGUUUAUAAAUAUGCUGCUAGGUCACAUGUCAGUAGAAGUUCUACGGGAAGAAGCAUGUGACUGUUUAUUUGAGAUUGUAAAUAAAGGAAUGGAUCCUGUUGAUAAAAUGAAACUAGUAGAAUCUUUGUGUCAAGUAUUACAAUCUGCAGGAUUUUUCAACAUUGACCAGGAAGAAGAUGUUGACUUUCUGGCAAGAUUUUCUAAACUGGUAAAUGGAAUGGGACAGUCGUUAAUAGUUAGCUGGACAAAAUUAAUUAAAAAUGGGGAUAUCAAGAAUGCUCAAGAGGCAUUACAAGCGAUUGAAACAAAAGUAGCACUUAUGUUGCAGCUACUAAUUCAUGAGGAUGAUGACAUCUCUUCCAAUAUUAUUGGAUUUUGUUAUGAUUAUCUUCAUAUUUUGAAACAGCUUACAGUGCUCUCGGAUCAGCAAAAAGCUAAUAUAGAGGCAAUCAUGUUGGCAGUUAUGAAAAAAUUGACUUAUGAUGAAGAAUAUAACUUUGAAAAUGAGGGUGAAGAUGAAGCUAUGUUUGUAGAAUAUAGAAAACAACUGAAGUUAUUGUUGGACAGACUUGCUCAGGUUUCACCAGAGCUGCUGUUGGCUUCUGUUCGCAGAGUGUUUAGUUCUACACUGCAGAAUUGGCAGACUACUCGGUUUAUGGAAGUUGAAGUAGCAAUAAGAUUGCUGUAUAUGUUGGCAGAAGCUCUCCCAGUAUCUCAUGGUGCUCACUUCUCAGGUGAUGUUUCAAAAGCUAGUGCUUUGCAGGAUAUGAUGCGAACCUUGGUAACAUCAGGAGUUAGUUCCUAUCAGCAUACAUCUGUGACAUUGGAAUUCUUUGAAACUGUUGUUCGAUAUGAAAAGUUUUUCACAGUAGAACCUCAACACAUUCCAUGUGUGCUAAUGGCUUUCUUAGACCACAGGGGUCUUCGGCAUUCUAGUGCAAAAGUACGAAGUAGAACUGCUUACCUGUUUUCUAGAUUUGUCAAAUCUCUCAAUAAGCAAAUGAAUCCAUUCAUUGAAGAUAUUCUGAAUAGAAUACAAGACUUAUUAGAGCUCUCUCCACCUGAAAAUGGUUACCAGUCUUUGUUGAGCAGUGAUGACCAACUAUUUAUUUAUGAGACAGCUGGGGUAUUGAUUGUUAAUAGUGAAUACCCUGCGGAACGGAAGCAAGCAUUAAUGAGAAACUUGUUGACCCCUCUAAUGGAGAAGUUUAAAAUUCUAUUAGAAAAGUUGAUGUUGGCACAAGAUGAAGAAAGGCAGGCAUCUCUAGCAGAUUGUCUCAACCAUGCUGUUGGAUUUGCCAGUCGAACCAGCAAAGCUUUCAGCAACAAGCAGACUGUGAAACAGUGUGGCUGUUCCGAAGUUUAUCUGGACUGUUUACAGACAUUCUUGCCAGCUCUCAGUUGUCCCUUACAAAAGGAUAUUCUCAGAAGUGGAGUUCGAACUUUCCUUCAUCGAAUGAUUAUUUGCCUAGAGGAAGAAGUUCUUCCAUUUAUCCCAUCUGCCUCAGAACAUAUGCUCAAAGAUUGUGAAGCAAAAGACCUCCAAGAGUUCAUUCCUCUUAUCAACCAAAUUACGGCCAAAUUUAAGAUUCAGGUAUCCCCAUUUUUACAGCAAAUGUUCAUGCCACUACUUCAUGCAAUUUUUGAAGUAUUACUCCGGCCAGCAGAAGAGAAUGACCAAUCUGCUGCUUUAGAGAAGCAGAUGUUACGUAGGAGUUACUUUGCUUUUCUGCAAACAGUGACAGGCAGUGGAAUGAGCGAAGUUAUAGCAAAUCAAGGUGCAGAGAAUGUAGAACGAGUACUGGUCACUGUGAUCCAAGGAGCAGUUGAAUAUCCAGAUCCAAUUGCCCAGAAAACAUGCUUUAUUAUCCUGUCAAAGUUGGUUGAACUUUGGGGAGGUAAAGAUGGACCAGUGGGAUUUGCUGAUUUUGUUUAUAAGCACAUUGUCCCGGCAUGUUUCCUAGCACCUUUAAAGCAAACCUUUGACCUGGCAGAUGCACAAACAGUAUUGGCCUUAUCUGAGUGUGCAGUGACACUGAAAACAAUUCAUCUCAGACGCGGACCAGAAUGUGUUCAGUAUCUUCAACAAGAAUACUUGCCUUCCUUGCAAGUAGCUCCAGAGAUAAUUCAGGAGUUUUGUCAAGCGCUUCAACAGCCUGAUGCUAAAGUUUUUAAGAAUUACUUAAAGGUGUUCUUCCAAAGAGCAAAGCCCUAAUGACUGGAUCUCCCUGUGCCUACUUCAUGAUGAGGAAUUCCAAUUAAUAAUUUAUAAAGAAGUAAUUUUUGUGUGCCACUCACCUUGCUUUGAGCUUACCACAGUAUAUGUGUUGGGAUUUUUCUGUAAAGUGGGUAUAAUUUUCCCUACAUACUGGUAUGUGACAACAAGAGAAGUUGCUUGCAUGCCAAUUCAAAUUGUUCUAUAUAAGAAAGCUAUCGUUAAAAGAUACAGCAGAACUGUCCUAGUACUUUUGUUUUUACUUGAAACAGUAUCCUUUUUUAAAAUGACUGAAUAUCAAAUGUUCGUAAACUUCAGUUUUCCCUUUAUGUAUGCAGACUCUUAUGUAUGCAGAUUCAGAAAAUAUGGGAGGAAUACAGUAGAAACUUAAUUUUUCUGUAGAUAACUGGUGAAUAUGUUUAAACUGUUUCACUGUCAGUGUGUAUUCUACAAAAGAGAAUGGUUUCGUAAAUUAACUGAUUUCAGAAUAGGUGCCGGUGUUACACAUUUUUAUAAAAAGUAAAUAAAUUUUACGUAGUGAAAUCUA